CGAUAGCAUAACGCGAGCAGACACCACUUAUAGUACUCUACAAUCCCUCGGCCAUAUUACAUUGGUUAAUUUCACCAAUCAAUACCGCAUGAGUGAUAGGUUAAACGAGGCCGAAGGAGUUAUCAGACGAGAGAUUGGAGAUAUAGAGCAUUGUAAUAGCCAGGAGAGUGCUGUGUGGAUAAUAAACACUCACACAUUGUCAAGAUUAUGUCAUGCCGAAGGUCGGUGGGGGGAGGCGGAAGAGUUGUUUACGCAAGUAGUGAAGACCUCCAAGAAAGUGUUUGGUGAGACGCAUCCACAUACGCUGACUGGCAUUUCAAACCUGGCAUCAACUUACAGGGAUCAAGGGAGGUGGAAGGAGACGGAAGAGCUUGAGGCGCAUGUGAUGGAAACAAGAAAGAGAGUACUUGGGGAGGAGCACCCUUCUACGCUAAUCAGUAUGGACAACUUGGCGUCGAUGAUUCGGGAGAGAGGGCGGGGGAAGGAGGCGGAAGGGCUCUUUAUGCAAGCGAUGGAAACGAGAAGGAGGAUAUUUGGGGAGGAGCAUCGUUGGACACUGAUUAGCAUGGGUAAUCUAGCCUUGACAUAUAAGCAUCAGGGGCGAUGGCAGGAAGCCGAAAAGCUGGAGGUCCAGGCCAUGGAGACAGGAAUGAGGGUGUUAGGUAAGGAGCAUCCAGACCUGCUCACGUGCGUGAACAACCUAGCUUUGACGUACAACAAUUAUGGGAGGUGGAAGGAGGCUGAAAAGCUAUUGGCGGAACUCUUAGGGACCAGAAAAAUGCUGUUUGGAGAGAAGCACCCUUCUACCCUGACUAGUAUGAAUAACCUAGCGUUAAUAUAUAGCAACCGAGGUCGGUGGAAGGAGGCUGAAGAGAUGAGGGUGCAAGUAAUGGAAAUCAGAACAAAGCUGUUUGGAGAGGAGCAUCCCGAUACACUGACCAGCAUGGGCAACUUGGCCUCAACAUUCUUGAAGCAGGGGAGGUGGAAGGAUGCUGAAGGGUUGUUCGCGCAAGUAAUGCAGACGAGGAAGAGGGUACUCGGUGAUGAGCAUCCUAACACACUGACCAGCAUGGGCAACCUAGCCUCGGCAUAUAGAGAUCAGGGGCUAUGGAAGGAAGCCGAAAAACUGGAGGACCAAGCUAUGGAGACAAGAAUGAGGGUGUUCGGUAAGGAGCAUCCAGACACACUUGCGUGCAUGAGCAACCUAGCAAUCACGUUUUGGAAUCAAGGGCGGUGGAAGGAGGCCGAAGAGCUUGGGGAGCAAGUAGUGGAGAUAAGAAAGAGGGUACUUGGUGAGGAGCAUCCUGACACUUUAGUCAGCAUGGGCAACUUAGCAUCGACGUUUUGGAAACAAAGACGGUGGAAGGAAGCAGAAAAGCUUGAGGUGCAGGUGAUGGAGAUUUCCACCAGAGUGCUUGGCAAGGAGCAUCCUGACACACUCGUCAGUAUGGGCAACCUAGCUUCGACAUACAGGAAUCAAAGACGGUGGAAAGAGGCAGAAAAGCUGGAGGUCCAAGUGAUGGAAACAUCCAUAAGGACGCUUGGAGCCGGGCAUCCAUCUACAGUAACCAGCAUCCACAACCUAGCAUCGACAUAUAGGAAUCAAGGGCGGUGGAAUGAGGCCAAAGAGCUGCUGGUGAAAGUUACAGAAGCGAUGAAGAGGCGUCCGGGUAGGAGCAUUGCUCAACGCUGACUAGAAUAGCUAACUCCCAUUUACAUUGAAGCCUGGCUCUGGCCACGCCGAU